AUGACAUCUAACUGUUGCGUCACCACAACUGGCUCUCUGGGGACCGGCAAGGCCUGCACCCGGGCUGCCUCAAUCUGUUCCACCAACGUAAGCUGCCGACCUGAGGUCUGUAUGUCCUACGUCUGCCAGCCCAUGGGCUAUGUGCCCAGUGUCUGCCUGCCCACCACCUACCGGCCAACCAGCUGCCUCCCUAAAACCUACCUGUCAUCCUCCUGUCGGCUGAGCAGCUGUCGUCCAUCCUGCUCCUUACCGGGAAGCUGCAGCAUCCCUUGCUCUGUGGGGGGCUGCAGCUGGUACUGUGAUGGCAUCUUCAAUGGCAAUGAGAAGGAGACCAUGCAGUUCCUCAAUGACCGCCUGGCCAACUACCUGGAGAAGGUGCGCCAGCUGGAGCAAGAGAAUGCUAAUCUGGAGAGCAAGAUUCAAGAAGCCUGCCAAUCUCAAAUGUCCACCGUAUGUCCUGAUUAUCAGUCUUAUUUCAGGACUAUUGAGGAACUCCAGCAGAAGGUUCUGUGUACCAAGGCAGAGAAUGCCAGGAUGGUUGUGCAGAUCGACAAUGCCAAGCUGGCUGCAGAUGACUUCAGAACCAAGUACGAGACAGAGGUGUCCCUGCGCCAGCUGGUGGAGGCUGACAUCAAUGGCCUGCGGAGGAUCCUGGAUGAACUGACUCUGUGCAAGGCUGACCUGGAGGCCCAGGUGGAGUCCCUCAAGGAGGAGUUGCUCUGUCUCAAGAAGAAUCAUGAAGAGGAAGUCAAUGCCCUUCGCUGUCAGCUUGGGGACCGGCUCAACAUUGCGGUGGAUGCUGCUCCCCCAGUUGACCUGAACAGGAUGCUGGAAGAGAUGAGGUGCCAGUAUGAGACCGUGGUGGAGAACAACCGCAGAGAUGUGGAGGAGUGGUUCAAUGCUCAGAUGGAGGAACUUAACCAGCAAGUGACCACAAGCUCGGAGCAGCUCCAGGGCUACCAGUCAGACAUCAUUGAUCUGAGGCGUGCCAUUAAUGCUCUGGAGAUCGAGCUGCAGGCCCAGCAUAGCAUGAGAGAUUCUCUGGAAAACACUCUAAAUGAAACAGAAACUCGCUACAGCUCCCAGCUGACUCAGAUGCAGUGUAUGAUCACUAAUGUGGAGUCCCAGUUGGCUGACAUUCGCUGUGACCUGGAGAGGCAGAACCAGGAGUACAAGGUCCUCUUGGAUGUCAAGGCCCGCCUGGAGUGUGAGAUUGCCACAUAUCACAGCCUUCUGGAGAGUGAAGACUGCAAACUGCCCUGCAAUCCAUGUACCACCGCCUCUUCCUGUACGCCAUGUGUACCCCGCACUGUCUGUGUACCCCGCACUGUCUGUGUGCCAUGCACACCUUGCACCCCGAUGGGCCGGUAUUGA